AUGCCUUACAAGAACACCAUCAUGGCUCGCCUCGAUCGCCUAGACGAGCUGGCUACAACAAUCGGGGCAUGCAACAACGUGUACCACGGUCCGUCAGAUCUCUCUAAGCUCGUGGGGACGAACACAGACUGGUUGGGGAUCAAGGGAUGUCUCCUCGAGAAGGGCGACCAAGACACACGCCCAAAGCUAGGCGACAGCGGCAAGCCGGCCCUACUCCUUUUUUCCACGACCAUCUACGUCCUGAACCGCGACGAAAAGGAGGUGGAGGACUUGAUCAAGGAUACAGCACGCAUCGAGCCACGGCCGACCAUCAUACAUGUCAAAUCUCUGGGGCAGGCUUCCAGCCUCGAUACUCGAUACUACGUCGUGGGCACCGAUCCCGACUUCCCGCCCGCCACAGAGACCGAAAAGACGGGGGCGGCAGUCCUGGAGCAUUUUCUGAGCCGUUCUCCCAAGGGAGUCCUACUCGACAUGUGCUUCAAGCCGAGACGCACGCGGAUGAUCAAGCCGGCGGGGCAGCUCGGGUGGCCGACGGUGGAGGGGACGCACGUCAUUGGGUACCAGAUGGAGAAACAGUGGCGGCUCUGGGCGGGUGAGGAGCGAGCCGCGAAGCUAGACAGCGAGGGCGCCUGGAAAGUGUUGCUCCGGGCUGCCGAAGAGAGCCCCGGGAUAAACUUCUGA